CACAUUUGAUUGGUUGAAGGGGCGGGACUUCCGGGAGAGCAGGUUGGACAUAAAGUGACAGACUUCACCUCCAGAAAUUAAGAAGAAAAACCCGACGGACGACGCGUUACAAGUAAUAAAACAGCUGGGGAUGAUUUUCAGACAUGGACGACAUAAACCUUCAUUAUCGCUUUCUGAACUGGAGGAGACGAAUUCGAGAAAUUCGUGAUGUGCGAGCAGUGCGUUACCGGGAUCGGUGGAGGAAUAUGUUCAGAGAUGGCGACAUGCUCAGGUACCAUGGGGAUUCAGAUGAGGUCGGCUGUUUUGUGUCAGGCAGACCUUUGUCAAAAAAGAGGCGCUAUUUUGAAGUGACUGUCAAUGAUACAGGAGUGAGGGGGAUGAUUGCUGUCGGUUUGGUGCCUCAGUCCCACAAGCUGGACCAUCAGCCUGGCUGGCUCCCAAACUCUGUAGCUUUUCAUGCAGAUGAUGGCAAGCUCUAUAAUGGCAGCACAGUUGGACAGCAGUUCGGUGCCAAAUGCUGCAGAGGUGACAAAAUUGGUUGUGGAAUAUCGUUUGACUCCGAUGACGGACAGAUAACAGUGUAUUUUACCAAGAAUGGUGAAGAAAUCGGCAGUGUUGAGAUCCCAGCGUCUCCUGAAGAUCUCUACCCUGCAGUGGGGAUGCACUCGCUGGGGGAAGAAGUGGUUUUGGACCUGAAUGCUGAAUGGAGGAUGGAGGAGGAUGAUGGACAGAUGAUAGUUGAUAGUCAUGAAGAGGACUGGAGCCGUCUCCAUGACGUCAAAGUGACGGGCACGCUGCUGGAGUACAUGGGGAAAGGGAAGGGGAUCAUGGACGUGGGCCUGGCUCAGGCUCGGCGACCUCUCAACCCUCGCUUCCACUACUACGAGCUGGAGAUCACCGAUGCUGGAGAGAAGUGUUACAUCGCCCUGGGUCUGGCACGCAGGGACUAUCCAAAGGACAAACAUCCAGGUUGGAACAAAGGCUCCAUCGCUUACCAUGCAGACGACGGGAAGCUGUUCCACGGCAGCGGGGUGGGGGACCCGUUCGGGCCGCGCUGCUUCGAAGGAGACAUCAUGGGCUGCGGGAUCAUGUUCCCACGAGACUUCAGCGUGGAUGGAGGAGAUGACGCAGACGACUUUGACCUGGACGUGGCUUCCAGCGAGGUGCAGAACAACCUGUAUGCAAACAACGACGACGAAGAGGAGGACGAGGGGGAAGAUUUGGAGGGGAGGAAGGUCAUGGUGUUUUUCACACGGAACGGGAAGGUGGUGGGAAAAAGGGAAGUGGCCUUGCCGCCAAACGGUUUCUAUCCCACCAUUGGGAUGAUGAGCACUGGGGAGAAGGUCAGAGUUGAACUCCACCCCCUCAGUGGGUGACAGAAACCAGGAAAAUUAGAAACCUUUGGGAUGAUGAAUGAUUCCUCCAAAUCUUCACUGCACCUUUACGGCGUAAACAUCACUUUACAUGCUGACAAAACGCGUCUUAAAGAUUCAUGAAAGUAAGGUCUUUAAGACAUCUGUGCCUAAAAGAAACGGCUUUAUUAUGAAAUGAUUUUUGUACUGUAAGAAAUUGUUGAAGUAGGCUGAGUUUGGAGGGAAAAGUUAUUCAUUUUGACACAUGAGGCUUAAUGAAAUGCCAAAAAAAAAAAGGUCUUGAAUAAUGAAUGUAAAAGUCCAAGUAAAAGAGACCUCAGUUACCAAACAGAUCAGCAAAGGCAGUCCUGGUUAAAAUGAGUUACUAGAUUAUGAAAUUAUUUGAAAACUGCAAAUGUGAUUUAUUUAUUCUACAACGAUGAGGCAGAAAUGGAAAAGCCCCUGAAUUUAAAGGAGGUGUAGUUUCAUUUUACCAUGACUGUGAGUGUUUGCUCCCACUGUGAGCUCCUGUCGACGGUCCAUUACUGACACUCAGUGGUGAGACGGCUCACAGUCCUGUGAGGAAGCAGCAGCGACUCGGUAGAACCAGCUGCUUCACCAGGUUAACGCAGCACGUUUGGAGGAAGCUGUUUCAGGUAACUAUGAGGAAAUAAAAGUGCAAUAAUAAUUUGUUGAAAUCAAAGCUAUUUUUAUGCUUCUUGUUUGUUACCUUGCAAUAAGAGAAAGUGGAUCUUAAAGCUUUAAAGAGAGUCCUUAUUUAAUCUGAACCCAGCUGAAACGUUUAAACUAAAUGACGCUUAUAGAAUGAAUCUAAAAAAAUUAGGCUAUUUAUUUGAGGAAAUCACAUUUUGGUUUUCUCACUGACCA